AUGUUCGUCCUGUGGAUGCUCACCAUCAUUCUGAGAGGGACCCACAUUCACUGUACAGUUGGUGUGGACAAACGGCUGAUCAAAUCCCAGCCAAGAGAGUUCCCUCCACGGACUUCACUUUUUCUUCAACAGUACGAUGAGUGCCCAGACCCUGAGGACUUUUACAACUGCACGGGAUACAGCACUAACCACAGCCGGGACGGAAUCUGCUUCUACUUCCGCAACAGUGACACACUCAACUGUGAGGGUGCCAAGCUGACUCGGCUACCAAGAGGAAUACCCACAAAUGUACGAACUCUACUUCUAAGUGGAAAUCACAUUCAGAGCAUAAACCAAUGGAUGUUCUCUGACUUCACUUCAAUAUUUUUCCUGGACCUGUGCUAUGGCUGGCUGCACGAAGUGGGAACAAACACAUUCACGUACAUGUUGUCCCUGGAGCACCUUCAGAUUAUGCAGCACUAUGCUAUGCUGCAGGUUGGAUCCCUGGCCUUCUACGAGCUCCCUAACCUCAAAUCCCUAAGAAUUGGCCCUAUCCAAGUCAUCACUUUAGACACAGUGUUUUUUGACCUCAGGAACUCAAGACUUGAGUACUUGGGACUGUACGAUAUUAAAUUUGAUGACAUUAGGAGGACCACGUUUGACAACCUGAAGCUGUGUCCUCUGACCAUCCUCGAGAUUUACAAAUCACAAAUAAACCUGUUGGAUGCCUUAGCCUUUUCUGGAAUCUCUAAGCUGCAUGAGAUGGUAUUAAGCGAAACUCAGAUUAUUUUGGUAAACCGCGAUGCAUUCAUGGCCCUCAGCGAUCUCCAGUCCUUGAAUGUGACACAUUGUAGCAUCAAGGACCUCCCCUCUGGGACCUUUGAUCCACUUAAGGCCCUUAAGCUGUUAAAUUUAAAUGGUAACAUGUUACAGACCAUACCGGUGGACCUCUUCAAAUAUAACAAGAACCUGGUGCACAUCGAUCUCAGCAACAACCAUCUGUUAACCUUACCAGAGGGUCUCUUCAACUUCCCUUCCAAUAUUCAUGUAGAUUUGAGCAGCAACUUUUUCACUUGUGAUUGUGACCUUGUUUGGGUUUCAUCGUGGCUUGGCUCCUUGAAGAACCCAUCAGUAAACAAGAAUGUCCUAUGUCAUCUGCCGAUUAAAAUCCGGGACCUAAGGCUGAUGGAUUUCAAACCUGUGUGCAUACCUCCAUACACCUGGUACAUCCUCUCUGCCUCAUUGGGGCUUGUAGCAAUUGUAGGAGUGGUUAGCUUGUUGUACAUGUAUCGCUGGAAGAUAUACUACCAAUGGUAUAUCAUGCUAUCCAAGAGAAAAAACAGGGAGGUCUGGAUGAACCAUGCCAGAUUUGCUUUUGAUGCUUUUGUGGCCUAUAGUGAGAGGGACUUCCAGUGGGUCCUCCAUGAGCUCAUCCCACACCUGGAGGACAAUGCUGGGCCUCCCUACAUGAAGCUGUGCGUGUCCGACCGCGACUGGGACCUAGGGAGCACCAUCCUGGACAACGUGGAAAGCAGCAUCCAGCGCAGCCGCAAAACCCUGUGCAUCAUCUCCAGCCACUUCCUGAAGAGCGAAUGGUGCAAGCUGGAGAUGAGCAUGGCCCACAUGCAGCUCUUCUCAGACAACAGGGACGUGCUGAUCUUCGUCUUCCUGGAGAAAAUCCCCUCCAGCAGGCUGUCCCAGCACCAGCGCCUGCGUAGGGAGCUCUGCAAGAAGUCCUGUCUGGACUGGCCAGGAAGCAACCCCAAAGCCCAAAGGCUUUUCUGGGAAAAACUGCGCUCGCUUAUUCUGAAACGGCAUCGUGAAACCCUGCCGGCCGUGUGA